AUUUCGAGUAGUAUUGUGGAGGAGUGUUCUUAUUCUAUCAACGUGAUGUGAAAAUAGAUUAAAUAUAUCUUUCCAUUCGUUGAGAUAAAUUUUAUCUUUAUUAAGAACCACAAAGUACAUCAAUUCUACAUUUUAAACAUGAAAAUCUGGACUUCAGAACACACGUUUAACCAUCCUUGGGAAACUGUUGCCCAAGCAGCAUGGAGAAAAUAUCCAAAUCCAAUGAAUCCAGCAGUGAUUGGAACAGAUGUUGUAGAGAGGAAGGUCGUUGAUGGGGUUCUUCAUUCUCACAGGCUUGUCAGUUCCAAAUGGUUUUUUCCGCGAUGGGCGCAAGCAAUUAUAGGAACGGCGAAAAUAUGCUAUGCAAGUGAAAAAUCAGAGGUGAACCCCCAACAGAGGCUUAUGACUUUAAAAACUACGAACUUGACCUUCUGCCACUAUAUUGCUGUUGAUGAAACAGUAAGAUACACUCCUCAUCCAUCAGACUCUUCAAAGACACUCCUGACUCAAGAAGCAGUUGUUACUGUGCAGGGUGUUCCUCUAAGCAGCUAUAUGGAGGAUUUGCUAACAAAUAAAAUAUCAUUGAAUGCAGGAAAGGGCCGCCAAGCAAUUGAAUGGGUAAUAGGCAAAAUUGAUUCCGAAAUCAAAGAACUUGCGAGCACAGCUGCUAAAAGUACUGACGAAUUAUUGUCACACACAAAGAAAUCCCUCGACGAUAUAACAUCUACGGCAAGACGAUCAAUGGACGACAUUUCGACCAAAGCCAAGAGAUCUCUUGAUGACAUUGAAAAAUUCACAAAAGCAAACGCGAACCAACGAAGCUGAAAAGAGGAGUGAUUCCGGCUUUGUCUAGUUUCAAUUGAGCUUGUUUUGCUAAGUGCCAUGGCACACAAUUUAGACAUGCGUUCAAACCUGAUCUGUGUAAUAUUACUGAUAAUGAGCGAUGUAACAUAGUCUAAUGUAUUUAUUAAUUUUUGUAAUAGCACAAUUACUGACUUUAUUUCAGGUUUAGUUAGGUUUCAUUUUAUAAAUGUUGCUAAAACUAAUGUAAAAUUUGUAAUUAUUUUAUAUCCUUUCCAAGAAUAUGAAUUUACUGUGUUUUAUUUGUUAUGAUUUGUCAAAGUUGAAGUAGCAAAUAGGAAAUAGUUCGAGCGAUAAAUAUUUUUUAAACUUUCAAAAUUUUAUAUAUUAAAAAAUAUUACAUUCUUUUCAUCUUCUCGUCCCCACAAUGGACGAAAGCCAGGGUAGUAACUCUACUGUUGUGUAAAACCAUAUAUAUUUUCUUUUACUGCCAAUGCUCAUUUCGUUGAUAUUUACAUGUUUUAUAAAUUACCUCUGAUACCUAUUGAUAUUUUGGUAUUCAUUUGUUUUUUUUUUAAUAUACCUACUAGUUUGGAUCUCGAGCUUCACCGUGCCCACAUUGAAGUGGCCAUUGAUUUAUGUUUGUGCUGUAUUCCUUCCAAACAUCAAUACUAUUGAACAGAAAGUACCUACACAUUAGCAUUGGGCUAUUCUCUAAUAGUUAUUGCUUCUGGUAGGGACAAGUGAAAUAUCAACCCUAGAUUUGAUAUCAUCUCAUUGACUGGUGGUAUACAUACUCUUUUUUCAAUUGAAGUUUCAAUGAUAGAUAAUGUAUACAAAAUAAAUUACACAAAUUGAUUUAGCCUCAAAGUAAGUUCGAAACUGUGUUACAAGAUACAACUCAACAAUACUAUUAUUUUAUAUGAAAUGUUUACAUAGAUAAAUAUCCAAGCCCCAGGCAAAUCAUAAGUUUGUUUGUCAUCAUGCUGAGGCCGUAAUUCGAACCCGGGUCUUUAAUGUCACAGACAAUGCAUCACCACAAGGCAGUUGUGUGAAAAUAAUGUAGGUAAUUAUGCACAGAACAUUCAUAGCUAAUGGUUACGGGUAUCAAUUUGAGUAAUGAGAUUGACUCUUUGAUAAUUGAAAUGAGGUAUGACUGACAAUACAACAGUUUAGUAAAAGAAUAUAACAUCAGAAUACAAUAAGAUUUAUAUUCAUGCUUGCAUGAUCAAUGCCUAAAUUUAUUGUACAGUUUGAUAAUGUGGUUAUUAAAGGAUAACAGGGGGUGUGUAGUUUGUAAAUGAAUAGUUGCUUGUGAGUGCAAUGUAGAAUAUUUAUUUAUUUAUUAAUUACAAAAAAUACUUGUGAAAAUAUUCUAUGUCAAAACUACACUAAAUGGUUUUUGUAUCUUUCCCUAUGUAAAUAAAAUGUCUAAGGUAAUUUAUAGACAA